AUGGCGUCUAUAAACAUCGAAUCGUAUUUAGAAAAUGAAAUAUUAGUCAUAACGAAUGAUAGUCGAAUUUUUACGGGCAAAUUGAAGGGCUUCGACCAAACGACCAACAUCAUCCUUGGCAAUUGCUACGAGAGGAUUUAUAAAGAAUCCCUUGAGAAAAUAAGCUUGGGCCUCUACAUCAUACGAGGAGACACCGUAACUUUAAUUGGCGAGAUUGACGAAGAUGUCGAUAAGAAUAUUCUGCACCACAAGAUAAAACCAGAAACAUUGAAGCCGAUUGUACAUUAG